AUGGCAGGGCGGCACGAGACGAAGCCCCGUGCCAACUCGCUCGAGCUCCCGUCACGUGACACCCAACGGCCUUUCCGUCCCUCGGCGGAGGGAGAGAGAGAGAGGGAGGGCGCGCGGGAGAGGGAGGAGGCGCGGGCCUACAUUCACGCGUGUCUCCUCCGAGGGAGAAUGAGCAGGGACCUUGGCGUCGCGGCCGCUUCGUUUUGGGCGCUGGUAAUGCUGAGCAAGGCAUUGCAGUUACCACAGACUUCAACAGAACAAAGAAACGUUCAUAAGAAAGAAACAAAAAGAUAUGUCUUUUUGUUUCUAGAAUGUGGAUUACGCCCUGCUGUGGGAUCGCAAACAAAGCCUCGGAUUGUAGGUGGCCAUGAUGCUCAAAUUGGAGCAUGGCCAUGGCAAGUUAGUCUUCAGGUUUACCGCUUUGGUACUGGAUAUCACCAUGUUUGUGGUGGAUCUUUGAUUAACAAUAAUUCUGUGCUGACAGCAGCACACUGUAUAAUAAAAUGGGGGAAUCCAAAUUUCUGGAGAGUUGUACUUGGUUUGCAUGAUCUAUUUGACCAUCACACUUAUACUGUAAAGAGCCUGGUCAGAGCUAUAUUGGUCCAUUCUAACUUCAAGGACGAGUUCUAUGACAAUGAUAUUGCCUUGUUUAAACUACAAACAUCUGUCAUGUUCAGUGACCAUAUUCAGCCCAUCUGCAUAUCUAAUACUCCUCGUUUUAUAACUCAGGAAACUCCAUGCUACAUAAGUGGGUGGGGAAGCAAAGAGGAGAAAGGCAAAGGAAAAUAUAUAUUACAGGAAGCUCGGGUUAACGUUAUUCCGCUAAGAGUUUGUAACAAAUAUGAUUGGUACGCAGGAACAGUAACAUGGAAUAUGAUGUGUGCUGGCUCUGAAGAUGGAGAGGUUGAUAGCUGCCAGGGAGACAGUGGUGGACCUCUGAUGUGCUAUUUUCCAAAGGAAAAAAGGUUUUACCUGAUAGGAAUCACCAGCUAUGGGGUUGGCUGUGGCCGACCCAAAUUUCCAGGAGUCUAUGUACGCAUAUCACAUUACAGAAAAUGGAUAAAUACCCGUGCUGUAUUUAACAGAACUACCACUGUGAACACCCAACCUUUUCUAAUUGUUUUGACUGUGGGAUGGGUAACUUUCCACCUUGCACUAGAAAAAGGAAAUUUCUUCCAUUGCAUUGGAAUGAUCUUGGACUGCUUUUUAAAUGUAUUGAUUUUUCUUUCAAAGAGGCUUAUUUAGCAACACUCAUUAUUAUUUUAAUAAACA